AUGUGUACUACAAUUGUGCAAGACACGAACUAUGAAUACAAAGUUGGAGUCAUAUCUAGUUUCUUUCUGUCUGCGAUUGUGAUAGUGUUUUUGUUUUGUGCGGUAGCCAGCGCUUCGGCUGGAAAUGCAGUGGCUUGGCCGGGUGCGAUACCCCUUACAGCUGCGGUAAAGACCAUCAUACCACCACAGAUAAAAGCUUUUGGAUAUUCAACUAGUGAAUACAUAAAUGCGGUGCCACAUGCAGCAAUUGGAUAUCAGCCACAAUUUAAUUAUCAAAUAGCUGUACCAAGUUAUCGAUACUAUCAACCAGUCGUAAGCGCACCCUACUACCCGUCUCACAAUAUUUUCUAUCCUUCUUUUGCCCCCUCUGGACCAGUUGCGCCAGGCUCUCCUAUUUACCCCAUUAAUACAAUUAAUCCCGUUUCUCCCGUCGCACCAGUUCAACCUCCACAACAAAACGUACCCUCCGCGACAACAGAGCAACCCGCUGGCGAUGAAGAUUCUGCCGUGAUUGAAUCAGCUGAUUCGUCAUCUAAUCAGCAACAGCCUUCUCAAUCAUCCCUCGAUUCAAAAAAUAUGCCUGCGGUCCCACAGAUCCCUCAGGGUCCUCAACAAUUUCCAUCAUUCCCACAAUUUCCAUCGUUUCCACAAUUCCCACAGUUCAUUCAACAAGGUUUCCCACCCCAACAAUUCCAAUUGCAACAGAAUCCUUCUUUCCCUCAGGCCCCUUCUCCAUCUCCCAGCUUCCCAGCCGCGGGUAACUCAGAUAAGGGACUGAUCGAUGAAGAUUCUGUAGCAGUAGAUUCUGCAUAAUUUAUAUAACGUAAUUUAGUUUAAUUAUUUUUUUACUGUUUGAUGAAUGUAUCCUUUCGCAUAAUAAAAUAUGCUUUUUUAUAAAUGA